AGUGCUAGCUUGUUGCUCGAUGCAGCAGCAGGAGCAGCCUGCAUGGUGACCGUCACAGAGAAAGACAGUAGAAAAGAGAGGGGCUAAAACGAGAGAGGACUCACCGCUCCCGGUCUCCGCUCAUGCCAGCGGACACCGGCAGCGGCCUCGGACCGGACGGACGGACAGCAGGACCGCGAAUCACCGGAAACAUGGCGGCGGGAACAACAAGCUGCUCGGAGCCUUAGCGUCCACAAAUCAGAGGCAGGAGGCGAGCGGAGGAGCAUCACCGAUACAGUGGCAAUGAGGUGAGCGCUGAAAGCAGCGUCCUGUUUCAAACCAUCAGUACGACCAACGCACUAAGACGAGCCAUGGCCUACAAGAUACCCGGGGCAGCGAUGGACAGAGUCAGCCUGCUGUGGCGUCUGAGGCGUCGGGCUCGCCGCGGCGUGCUCUGCAUGACCUUCUUCUGCAUCUCCAUGGCUCUGCUCUACGCCAUCUGCGCUGAAAACAGCGUGCCCGUCACCGACGCCAUCUUUGGCGUCCGGGCACGAACCCGCGCGCAGCCUCAUGCACACAAUGUCAUCAAGGUGCUGCGAGGUGGAGCCAAGCCCAUGUACACGGACCCUCAGAAGCUCCCGGGUGUCAUCCCAGGUGACCCUCGCCGUCCGAUCCCCGUCCUGUCCUCAUCCAACCACAGCCACGAAGCCAGGGAUUCGUCAUCGAAGCGGAAACAGCGGGAGCCCCCGGGGUUUUUUAGCCGGCUGCUGCCGCGCCCCUUCACGCGAGCGCUGGAGACCCUGUUCGGGGGCCGGCGGAAGGGCGAGCUGAGCGGCAGAGGCAGCGACGCCGAGUUCUUCGGGCCUAACGGGCUUUUGGGAGAGGUGUGGGACGACGAGAUGUCCAGCAGCAUGCUGGGAACCAGGAUGAAGAAGGUGGUGCAGAACUACCAGGCGAUGAACAAAUACGGAGUCGAGCUGUCGGGCCCCGGCGGCGUCUCUGGCACACCGAAGCUGAGCGGUCCCGAGCUUCUCUGCCAACUGAAGGACAAAGUAGAGGUCGCGACUUUGACCCCUGACCUCCAGCCCUUCUCCUUGCUGCCCUGGGCCACCCAGCUGCCUCCGCAGCAGCUGACCUCUGACCUCGGACCCUACAAGAGCUGUGCUGUGGUGUCAUCGGCGGGGUCGCUGCGCUACUCUGGGCUGGGCAAAGAGAUCGACUCACAUGAAGCUGUGCUGCGCUUCAACGCUGCGCCCACCACCGGGUACGAGAAGGAUGUCGGGUCCAAAACCACCAUCCGCCUCAUCAACUCACAGGUGAUGGCGUCUGAUGACCACCGCUUCCUGUCCAGUUCUCUGUACAGCUCAGGUGUUCUGGUGGCCUGGGACCCCGCCCCCUUCUCUGCUGAUCUCACAAAGUGGUUCAACAGGACUGAUUACCCCAUCUUCACCCAGUACCAGAGGUACAGGAGGCUCCACCCUCUGCAGCCCUUCUACAUCCUGCAUCCUCGCUUUGAGUGGCAGAUCUGGCAGCGAAUACAGGACAACAUGGCCGAGCCCAUCCAGAAGAACCCGCCCUCCUCCGGCAUGCUCGGCACCGUCCUGAUGAUGUCGCUGUGCGAGGUGGUGCACGUCUACGAGUUCCUGCCGUCCCGGAGGAAGACAGAGCUCUGCCAUUACUACCAGCGUUUCUACGACGCCGCCUGCACGCUGGGCGCCUACCACCCGCUGCUGUACGAGAAGAACCUGGUUAAGCGCAUGAACCAGGGCUCCGACCGCGACAUCUACACCAACGGACGCGUCACGCUGCCCGGCUUCAGGAAGCUGAACUGCAGCCAGACUGCCGGAGGAGACCGCUGACUGCAAGCAUCAACGCACAAAUCUGAGUCCUGCAUGAAGAUGAGCCGACGCAUGCAAACCUCAUCCACACUACCGAACCACAAGGAGCGCUCUAUAAAUAUUUCAUGCUGUUAACACGCAUACUGGAGUCCGAUCAGCUCAUACAUGUGCUGCUGUACACACAUCCCUGUGAGGUCAUUGACGCGUGUUCCCGAGUCUAAAUCAUGAUCAUUGGAUGCUUCUUUCAAUCAGUUGCCCAAAUUGUGAUGCUCAUGUUGACCUUAAAGGGUAAUUCUGGUGGUUUUCAAGGAAUCUCUGUGAUUGCCUUUAACUCAGGGGUGGGGAACUCCAGGCCUCGAGGGCCGGUGUCCUGCGGGUUUUAGAUCUCACCCUGGGUCAACGCACCUCAAAUGAUUACCAGGCCUCUGGAGAACUUCAAGACAUGAUGAGGUCAUUUAACCACUUAGAUCAGCUGUUUUGGAUCAAGGACACAUAACCUGCAGGACACCGGCCCUCGAGGCCUGGAGUUUCCCACCCCUGCUAUAACUAUCCCAAUAAAGCUCAUACGAGGUGGAGAGAGUACAGGUAGAGCGACUGACAGACCAUCAAAAAUGUCCUCUGAUCAAAAAGUGCAUAUUAAUAUAUUCCAGGACAGAUUCCCUAACAGCCAACCUGUUUUAUGGAUGUAUCACUGUUAGCUUUUUCUACAGGCCUGUUUUGAGGGUUCCAAAAUCAUUUCUUCCUGAAGUUAAAAAGCAGAUAAAAGUCCAAAAUUUAUCAAACUGGGUCAUAAAUAUCAGUCAUGCACAGGUGCAGCGUCACCGUCUCUGCUUGUGAUGUGUGUUUGUGUUCUGGUGACAGUUUUGCUCAGGCAGUAGGAGGCCGCUGUGCUCUCUGUGUGAUUACAUACAUGACGCUUACACACCUCACUGAACCUGUUUAUUGAAGAAAAUACUGCCUGCAGAUGAGUUUACUUCUAACUUAACCCAAAAAGUCACUUCGUAGGUUUUUUACACCCUUUGUGAGUCCUGCCAUUUCCAGUAAUGUUUUUGUAAUCCUCACGUAGUGUAAAUAUUAUGAAAGUAUUAUAGGAGGAGGGUCUUUACUGUGAUAUCAGCAUUUGAUUUUUCUCUAACGUAAAAGCCCCACUCGGUUUAUAUGAACAUGCUAACUGGCUUUACAUACCUGAUUGAUAUUUUAUUUGCAGUACUUGUUUCUUCAGUCCAUGGCAGACUGAGCACGUGGCAAAAAUGACACAAAGUCCAAACUUAUAGUUUAACGUAUACCUGUAACGUGUUGUGGAAAAAAUGCACUGUGAUAAAAAUGAAGUCGACAUGUAGCCACGAUGAGCUGCUCCUGAUGCUUCUAAACAAGAAAUGGAAACUUCUCAGGAGAAGACAACAGCAGGGAGAAUGUGAUGGCCUGAUCCAGGAGUUUAUCACGACCGUGGAUAUUUCAGGAUGUCAGUGGGGCAGUUUGAGCUCUUGUUGUCAGAGUGUGGACCACAUCUCAGGGUGCAGAGAAAUCAUUUAACGGGGCUGAUUGUCCCAGAGCAGCAUGUAGCUGUGUGUCUGAUGUAAAACAGUAUUAUUUUACUAUUUGUGUAUUCAGUAACAGUGCACGCUUUGAGCUACAAACGCUUGUUGCCAAAAGCAGAGUUCUGAUUGGUCUGAUCAGCUGAUUUGAAUCGUAAAAAUUGAGCAUGAUUCAAAAAAAAUAAAUGUCCAAAUUAAUCCAGUGAAAUCAUUCGCUCUGUGUAAACGAAGAGUAGGUGAGUCUGGCAGUUUCCACCAAAACAGUUAGUUAGUGUGACUGAGCCUAAACUUACACCGCUGCUUACACAUUUUCUAAGAAAGUCUAGAAAAGAGUUUCACAUAAAGUACAUGUAUUGUUGCUGUUUGCAGACAAACACCCUCCAAUUAAACAACCAGCCAAACUAGCAACACACUGAAAAACUGGCAUUUAUGUCUUCUAUAAAAAACGUUUUUUGCUAAUGGUACAAUCACAAAUCAGAACUGAUUCAGAACAUGUGAGGCUUUAGGUACUGUGUUUCUUAGCUAAUCAUGAAAAUAUAAAGUGCAGGUAUGAGUAAGGCAGUAGAUUACAAAUAUUAAUUUCAUAUGAGCAAUUUCUACCACAACUUCUAUUAACAAGCAGCUAACGCUACUAGCAUAAAAGACAAGGGGUAGGUAGCGCUGUGUCCUUCUAGAAUGAUCAAAAAUGUUAAUAAGUUUGUUUUGAUUCAUUAUUUUAUAUAUAAGGUGAGCUUUCUCACUUGAGGACAUUUAUGGGCAAUUCCAUUUAAUUUGCUGGUCAAUAUAACAUUUUAAAAAGUCACUAAAUGUCCAAAACGUCUUUGAGUCUUUAAGCUAAUUUAAGCAAUUUUAAUGCAAUGUUGAGUAUUUUAUUUAACAAAAAUAUUGCAUUAUAAGAGUUUUAUGAUCCAUAUAAUGCUCCUUGUGUCAUUUGCACUAAUUAUGCUCCUGCUGGUUUCUAUUUAUGCUGGAUUUUGUGCAGAAAAUUUUUGGAUUAAAUGAUUUUAAGUAUGUAAACCGAGUUGUUCUCACUAGCUUUAAGGCUACUGGAGAGUCUGCUGAGUGGUCAGUUAGCUUAGUUAGUCAUCUUACCUAUGAUCUGAUGGCAAUUUCUUCUUUACUUUUCUUUACUGUAACAUCUGUAUGACUGCUCCGUUUUCAGUGCUAUCACAGUAAAGAUCAGCCUCGGGAGGAUUUUUGACUUAAUCUCUUAAUAGCGAUGAAUGUUUAAAACCAGUUUUCCCUAAACUAGUGUUGUAACAACGAGAAAACAUCAACAAAAGAAAUCUCUGAGAAAACAGAGAAAAUAUCCGCAUGGCACUAACGCAGCUCCUCAUUUCUCAAUAUUAACCACAGUCCACUGUAAAACUUGUUAUUUGCUAGCUUCAUAUUUUCGUUCUUUGACUCUCGCUAUAGGCUAUAGUAGCUUUGCAUGGUUCACAAUCUUUAUGCAGACCCCCUCCCUAACAGCCUACUCUUGUCUGAUUGGUCAGGUGGGGUGCAGGUAUUCAAACAAAUAAAUAUAUAUCUCAUAAAAUACAGAAAAGCUAAUAGAUCCCCUUGAAAUAUACGACUAGCUGGGCUAGUUAGCAUUUAUCAGGACGAGGUUAACUGAUGGUGAUUUUUUUCUCCAAUAUAAUCAGAUGUAGCUCAAAUUUUAUGUAGUAUUUCAUAUAUUACGAUGUUAUAUUGUAUAUGUGAAUACAUGAAACAUGCAAAAGUGGGGAAAUCAGCUGUAGCAAACUUAAUCUCACCAGCUAGCUUUAAUUAGCCACGAUGCAGACACUAGAGAUUUUUAGAUGCUGUUAUUUUUAUUUUUUCAGAUAAAACACACACAAGUUUAGUAACGUGUAAUAAGUGCUUUUUGAAUAUGAUACAUGCUAACACAGCUAAUUUAAUCCUGAAGCAGAACGACUCGGAGCUCGAGCGAAGUCGUCAAGAACAAAAAUGACUCCGCUGUUGUGUUCUGGUCACUUCAGUUUCAUGUUUACCAAGACCUCAUUGUUUAGUCAAAGUCACACACUUGAAUAAUUGAUGUCAUUGCAUUUCAGAGCAAAGCUAUGAGAACAUUUCCUCCCUAUGCAGUCGAGUCUCUGUGUACGUUCAUGUGAAGCCUUUUGAUAUUCUGUUGUUUCAGCUUACAGAUGCACUUUUUCCUCUGCUUUGCCUUCUUCCUCUUCUGUUUCUGAGAGGAUUGGUUAAAUGUUGUGAACUUAGAUUUAAUUUCUUUAUUUUUUUUCUUUGCUGUCUUGUAACUUAAUAUCAGACUAAAAAUGUGCAGAGUUCUAGAAGCAUGCAGCUGAUCUGUCUUUGAGAUGAUUUAUUUGAUCUUUUUCUGUGAUAUUUUCUAAUUCUCAGCUCUACCUUCUGUUCCUGUUUGAAAUAUUUUGUUUGUUUAACUGUAAAAAAAUAAAUAUGAUAAACUGUAAAUUCCAAAUAUAUUUAUUACUUGUUCCUAAAAGAUCCACAAGUCUAAUCGUCUGCUGACAUUUUGUAGACUUGUGAAUUAAAUUUGUCUGACUCCGGUUCCACA